UAUUGAACCCGGUGAAGAUGAGACUUUCUCGGAGAUGACCAGCACCUCCUCUGGCAAUCGUCAUGUCGCCGACCCUCGCUGUUGGCCAGUCGUAUGGUCCAGACGCCGCUUACCUCACGUCCUCGAAUAUUGGUAGCUGGGUGACUUGCAUGAGCCUACAGGACACUUCUGCUCGUCGCCCUGCAUCAUGUCGGCUCUAGCAGGAGAUCGUCUCUGAAACGAUGCAGGCGCCGCCGCCGCCGCGGGUAGCCCCAAUAGCUACAUGUCAUCGCGGCGCACGCUGGCUAGGCUUGGCUUCCCCGUAUGCAGCUGGGGCCUCUUUCUUAGUAUGCCAUGUAAGCUCGUAUAUGAUAUGGACCGACUCGACUUUCUCGAGACUCAGGGCAGUGGCAUGAUUGGAGCGGCCCAAGAGACCGUUGGAGGAACCGCCAGAGGAACCAUCACUAAACCUCACCCGACAGCAAUCCCGGCCGGUCCCCGCUUGGAAGGGGAGGGGAGGGGAGGGAAAAGACCAGACGAUGCGGGCCAGGCGUACCAUACUGGCAGAGUCGUUAUGCCAAAGUACCAUUCCGCCAGGGACCGGCGUGGAGAGUCUUGUCUAGAAGCGUGGUACUUCUCUCCUCCCUCCCAAGCACUCGAAUGUGCAUCGAGCCGAAGGGGUGUUGACCCGUCAAAAUGGAACGCGGGUCUACUGUACCUGUAGAUGUCUUGGUCGGUCGAGGGUGUAGAUGUCGAGCAAUGACAGCCUGUAGACGGCUCCCUGCAGGGUUGCCGCCCUUGCUAGCGGCGGAAGGUGAGCUGAGGUGUGUCUGCGGAAAAGUCGUCUUCUGCUGCUCCAUUGGUCGCUUAGCUGACGGGCCAUAUUCGGACGAUGUGGGCCAUCGAUUGUGAUUGGCAAAAAUGCUGAAAUUCAUUCAUCAUAUUUGACCAAUCG